CUAAGGUGAAGUUUGAGUGUAGAGGGAAGUUCGUUUUUCCAAGGUCACUUGUUUUGUUGCUGGGUUCUGGUGUAAAUAAUGAACGGUGUCACUUUCAAUCAUAACGAGCCAAUGGCUCUGGGAUCUCCUCCAAGUGGAACCACAUCUCCAAGUGCUUGUCAGUAUCUUCCAGGAUUUCUCAUGAGUGAAAAUCCACAGAUGGCAAAUGCACAAUCAACUGAAUCCAAGAUUCCACGUCAAAAUCCUCUUUCCCCUCUGUCUGGGAACGCAUAUAAUAUGCCAGCUCCUCAACAUAAUGUAAAUAAACUGCAACCACGAUAUAUGAGUCAAGCGCAGGAUACAAUUGCACGUCGUUUAACAUCCCCUCCAACACGAAGUAUGUGGUCGUCUGUUAAUGCUACCGGUGUUCUUGCUAAAAACACUUCAGACAAUUUUGGUGGUGUCAAACACAGCACACCAAUUCUUGCUGCCGGCACACCAGUAAAUCCAUCAAUGAAAAGGUUGGGAACUGCAAGUCCAUUCCAAUCACCCGGUGAUCCAAGUUUCCAUCGUACUCCUUUGCAUAAUAUUGGAAAUAAUUCUACAUCUUUCAUUGGAUCUCCGUUACACAAUAAUAACAGUGUCACAGGAAAUCCAAAUGAUGGUUUGGUUAAUAAGCAAGAUGGUUUGAUAACGCCUAAUCGUUUAGCUGAAGCACUGCUUACACAUCAAAGUUUCAACGAUAAUGAUUCUGCAAAUCUACACGAUUGUUGGGUGACUGUUUUUGGGUUUCCACCAUCUCGAGCUGCAUUCAUUCUCAAUCAAUUUGCUCAACUUGGCACUAUUGAAAAACAUGUGAUUACAAAUAGUGGUAAUUGGAUGCAUAUUAAAUACCAGAACAGGAUACAAGCUCGUUAUGCUUUGAAUAAAAAUGGAAAAGUUUUUGGUGAUAAUAUUAUGGUUGGUGUAUCAGUGUGUACUGAUCCACAAGUAAUAGAUGGAGAAAAGUCCGGUGUGUUUUGUAGACAGACAAACACUAGUAAUAUAAAUGAUUCUGUAUUCCUUAGUCCAUCGAAUAACAACAGUAUGAACAAUAUUCGCCGUGGUAUCGAUGAUGCUAACAAUAAAACAACUGGAACAAUGAACAGAACUCCGAAUAGAGACAUGGGUGGAUUAAAGCCGCCAUCAUUAAAUACUGGAAUAGAUUCUGGCAAUAAUAUGCUUACAGACAAACCAGUAGGUAGUAGCAUUGGCAGACAUAAUUCAAUGCGAUCGUUGGCUGCAUCUAAUCGACCAACAAGUCUAUCAAGAACAGCAAGUGUUCGACAGGACAGGGAUUCUGGAUUAAUAUCCAAAGCACUCGGCUACAUGUUUGGCUGGUCAUAAAUUUGAAACCAAUUUUUGGGUAUUUACCAGUUUCGAUUGUUGGUAAUACCGGAUAUGUAGUUAUGGUUUUCUGAGAUUCAUCUUAUCCUAUGCCAUAUUGUAAAAUAAAAGUAUAACGUUAUGAUCACAAAACAUUACACAUUUUUUUGACCUA